CUUCUCAAUUUGCCGGCCGGUCCGUCUUCUCCAUCAUGGCGACCCUGGCAGAGAAGCUCGAGAAGAUCAAGUCUCCUAAAUUGCAGAACCAGCACCAUACUGCUGUGGUGCUGUCUGCUGUGGAAGACACUCUUCGAGACCAAAAGGCUGAUUUCUCGCCUACUGCGUAUUUCGCUGCACUUCUUGCCCUCCUCGCCCAGUCGCUGUCGGCCUCGCAAGGCAUCGUCAACAAGGAUUUGGCGACCUCUGUCGUCUACCUGCUCGAUACCACAACUACCUACGUGCCCGCUCCCAUCCUCCGUUCCAAGUUCUCUCAGAUUCUCACCAACCUUGCGCCCGCGCUGUCCCUCCCAGAAGUUGAAGCGCCGCUCCUCCGACCGUCUAUUGGCUGCUUGGAAUCGCUCCUGGUCGCCCAGGAUGCGCCCGCGUGGAACCUCCCACACACCCAGAUCGGGCCCCGGCGGGCUAUCGCGGGCCUGCUCAGUCUCGCCGUGGACCACCGUCCGAAAGUGCGCAAGAGGGCCCAGGAUGCCUUGAUCAAGGUCCUCAAGUCCCCCCCGCCUAGCCCCUCACUGGACCAUCCGGCCGCCGAUAUGUGCGCAGAGACUUCCCUGCGAACGUUGGGCGACAGUAUUACCGCGGCCUCGAAGCAGAAGCGCGGCCGCCACGACCCCCACAGUCGAGAUAACAGCGACCCCCUCGUGAUCCAUUCCCUGCAGCUGGUGAAAACAGUGGCCGUUGCGUCGGGCGGCUGGCCAAGCAAGAAGAUCGAACCGCUCUGCGAGUUGCUCAUGAAUGCUUCUCGCUCGAGCAACGAAUACAUCACCAUGGGCGCCUUUGAGGUCUUUGAGGUGAUUUUCUCCAGCAUGGCUAAUGAAUUUUCUUCGUCGAAACUUCCCCGUCUUCUCGAGGCGAUUUCCGAAUUGAAACCCGCGCAGAAUGAUUCUCAGCUGCUUCCCCCCUGGAUUGCGGUUUUGUCUCGUGGCUAUGAUGUUUCCGCGCAGAUUAGCCCCGAAGAUACCUUUGAGAAGCUGCCCGACCUGUUCAACAUGAUUUCCGGUUACUUGGCGUCCCCGUCGAGUAACAUUCGAGUGUCCGCUUCGGAAUGUCUGGUUUCGUUUGUCGCCAACUGUAUUCCGGACAGUGUCAUCAUUGAACCCUCGGUGUAUGAUGAGAAGACUUUGGAGAAGCUUGCAAAGGCGACCAAGGAUCUGCUUUCGGUCAAGUACCAAGCGGCGUGGUCCGAAGUGUUCAAUGUCUGUGCGGCGAUGUUUGAAAGCUUCAAGUGGCGAUCAAGCCCGUUCUUGGAUGAUAUCGUCCGCACCAUCGGUGAGCUUCGCAGCAACGAUUCCUUCCAGGGAAAGAAAGAAGCAGACAAUGUUCUUGGUAGCGCGGUGGAGGCUAUGGGCCCCGAAGCUGUUCUCGAAAUCUUACCUUUGAACCUCAUUCAGCAGAAACCCGGUCAACCCGGUCGUGUCUGGUUGCUCCCUAUUCUGCGCGACAGCGUCACCAACACCAAUCUUGGCCAUUUCCGCUCGGAAUUUGUGCCCCUUAGCGAGGCCCUAUAUCAGAAGAUCAUGGACUUUACCUCUGCGGAGAAAUCCGUCGAGGUGAAGAUCUUUGAGACCCUGGUUCAGCAGACCUGGGCCAUCCUUCCCGGUUACUGCGAGCUGCCCCUGGAUCUUGUCGAAUCCUUUGAUCAGAGCUUCGCGGAGCUUCUGUCGAAUAUCCUCUACAAACAGACAGACUUGCGAGUGGACAUCUGCAGAGCGUUGCAGAACCUCGUAGAGUCCAACCAGGCCAUCCUGUCUGUUGAGAAGGCGGAAGAUGAUCUGAUCUUGCAGCGUCGGAUUACCAAGGCCGCUGCGAAGAAGAACAUUGCCCAUUUGGCUAGCUUUGCUAGCAACCUUCUGGCGGUGCUAUUCAAUGUGUACAGUCAGACACUGCCUCACUACAGAGGUUACAUCCUGCAGUGUAUUAAUGCCUACCUGAGCAUCACUCCUGAGAAGGAACUGAACGACACAUUCACCCGGGUAACUUCUAUGUUGGAGUCAUCUGUUGUUUCCGAGCAGGAAGCCGCCAAGCAGGGCAACCAGUCCACCGGCUCUGGAGACAAGAUGCCCCCAACCUCGCAUACACUUAUCGACUUGGUGAUUGCUAUGUCGAUCUAUCUUCCUCGCUCGAGCUUCGCAAGCCUCUUUGCUAUGGCGGCAGCGAUCCUGAAUGGCAGUACCAACGACCAGCAGCUUAUUAAGAAAGCCUACAAGCUGAUCCCGCGCUUGGCUUCGACAGAAACUGGAGUUUCCGCGCUACGUGAGCGGAAUGCUGAGCUCCAGGGCCUUAUGCUUUCUACCUCUGACAAAACCCCUGCCUCCGCGCGUCGGGACCGCAUGCUCGCCAUCCACGAACUCGUCACUUACCUCCCAACCUCUGAUCUGCAUUUCAUUCCUUCCAUCCUCUCCGAGGUCGUGCUGGGCUGCAAGGAGAGUAACGAAAAGGCUCGAACGGCUUCCUUCGACCUGCUCAUCCACCUUGCAAAGAGAACCGUUGAUCCUGAGCUAAAUCCCGCGGGCACCAUGAUCCGCAACUCGCUCGUGCCUCACAUGCCCGAUAACGCACCCGAGGCCCCCGCAACAAUCGAGGAGUUUUUCACCAUGGUGUCUGCUGGUUUGGCUGGCAGUUCUCCUCACAUGGUUGCUGCGUCCGUGACUGCGCUUUCACGGCUGUUCUUCGACUUCCACCAGGACCUCCAGCCUGCUAUGCGCUCGGAUCUCGUCCAAACGGUGGAACUGUUCCUCACCAGCAACAACCGCGAGAUCGUCCGUUCUGUCCUCGGUUUCGUUAAGGUCGCUGUUGUCGUGCUACCGGAUGACAUGCUCCGCCCCCGUCUCAACACCCUCGUUCCCAACCUCAUGGUAUGGAGCAAGGAACACAAGGGCCGCCUCCGUAGUAAGGUCAAGGGUAUCCUGGACCGACUCAUCCGACGUUUCGGCGCCGCUCCGCUCGAGGAAUUCGUUGGCGAAGCGGACCGCAAACUCGUCGUCAACAUCCGCAAACAGCGCGAGCGCCGCAAGAAGAAGAGGAAGGAAGGUGAGCAGGGCGAAGACGACGACGAGGAUGACGAGGCCGCUGGUGCCAGUGCCAGUGCCGGAGCCGACAAGACCGGCAAAUCCUUCAGCAACGCCUUCGACAAGGCCGUCUACGACUCUGAUUUCUCCGACUCCGAUGAUGACGCUAGUGAGAUCGACGUCGACGAAGACGGCGUUACCCACGCCCACUCUCAGAAGGGCGGCCGCAAAUUCCGCCACAAGGGCAAGCAAAGCGAGCAGUACAUCCGCGAACUCUCACCGGAAGAUAACCCCCUGGAUCUGCUGGCUCCCGACGCCCUCGCCAACAUCUCCACCACCAAGCCUAGCGUGCGGUUCCUCAACACCGGUCCCGGGUCGUCCCGUCGCAAGCGAGCCGCCAAGGUUGGUCCCGACGGCCGCCUGAUCCUCGGCGGCGGCGACGACACCGAAGCCGCGGACGUGGAAAUGUCGGGGAAUCUCGAGGCAGCCAAUGACGCCGGCGAGAGCGGCAUCAACGCCUACGUCCAGGCCGUCAGUGGACCGGACGCGGUCCGUCGCGGCCAGCGUGGCAAGCUGCGGAUGGCGCAAUCGCAGAAGAAGAAGUCGCAGCGCGGAGACGACAUGGACAUGGACGUGGACGAUAACAACAACAACAAUAACAACAACAACAACAACAACAACAACAACAACAGGCAGUCCUCGUCCUUUGCUGGUUCCGGCGCCAGGAGAGGCAGUGGCCCCAACCAACCGGGCCGUCGUGGACUCGGCAUGCCCAAGACACACGGACCCAGCGGCGUCCAGAAACGGAGAGACAUCCGCGGCAAGCAAAGCGGAAGGGGGGGGAUUCGCGUCGGAAGACGCAGGUAA